AUGUCAGGCAAGCGUCUGCUCGACGCCCUCCAAUUCCUCAAUGUGUCCAAGACGGUCGCAGCCAAACACCUAGCUAUCCGCCAACACCAGCUAGAUGUCUACACACGCACAUCCUCCCUAACCAAGGGCAUCAAAGCCCAAACGGAAGGUCUGAUCCUGACCGCUAAAGCCGCCGCCGCCCUAGCACGCCGAUUCGACGAUCCCUCGCCACCUCCGCCGAGCGCGGCGGACUCCCGCGACAAGUCAACGUUCACCGAUAAGCCGGCCACUGCUGCAACGUCACCCCCGCCCGACCAAGCGCGAAAGCUGCAGCGUGAGGCCGAGUCACAGAUCCCGGCUUCGGCAGCAACAUACAGCGGCAGCGAGAAACCAAAUGGCUUGAAUGUGAGCCCGCAGCAGGAGGUCUUCUAUGAGCCUUCGCUGCAGUCGGGGCCGGAUUUUUCGAGCUUGCCGCGUGUGAAGCUGCCCAAGGCUGCCGGUGAUGCUCAAGUCAGUAAUGAUGGGUUGAACGCGGAUGUCUUCCACUCAUCAGCUGGGACGGAGAAACCUGCCGCGGCCGAGCAGGAGAUGUCCGAAGAAAUGAUCCAAGGACUCUUCCAUAGCCCGCGGGUAUCGCGCAUGAUUUCCGGGAAGUCGCCUCCAAAGAGGGAAUGGAAGCAGACUGCGAAACCUCAACAGGCAGUCGCGGAUGAUGUCAAACCUGCUGUCCCGGAGGCACCGAAAUCUGAGGCCAAGGAAAUGGAGGAGCUGGCCGCCAGCGUCACGGGAGACGUAGGGUCCAAAGCGGAUAUCGUCGAUGAAAUCAAGAGGGAACAAGCGUAUCAGAUGCUGGAGUCGCGCGUGCCAUCCUCGCGACUCGGCAGGCUGUGGCAGUACGGUGGCCUGGCGACCUCGAUGGCUUUUGGUGCUGUCGGGGAAGGUUUCCGCAGAGCCACCGGCAGCCAGGACAGUGGCUCGAUUAUGUUUAGCGCUGGGAAUAUGGAACGCAUGGUAGCCAAGCUGUCGAAGAUGCGCGGUGCGGCUCUUAAGCUGGGACAGAUGCUGAGCAUCCAAGACUCUAACAUGCUUCCCGAGCCAAUUCAGCAAGUCCUGCAGCGUGUGCAAGAUCGCGCGGACUACAUGCCUGCCUGGCAACGCGACAAAGUCCUGGCGGACAACCUCGGACCUGACUGGCGUGACCUCUUCACGACCUUUGACGAUGUGCCCAUGGCAGCAGCCUCGAUCGGCCAAGUUCACUCAGCCGUUCUCAAGAGCACCGGCCAACCCGUCGCUGUAAAAGUGCAAUAUCCGGGCGUCGCCGACUCCAUCGACAGCGACCUCAACAACCUCUCAAUCCUCCUAACCGCCUCCCGCCUCCUCCCCAGGGGUCUCUACCUCGAUAAAACGAUCGCAAAUGCCCGCACCGAACUCGCCUGGGAAUGCGACUACAUCCGCGAAGCAGAAGGCGCAAACCGCUUCCGCGAACUACUCGCCAACGACCCCGUCUUCGUAGUCCCAGAAAUAAUUCCCCACGCCUCCGGCAAACAAGUCCUAACCAUGGAAAUGCUGCACGGCAUAGCCGUAACAAAAGUCACAGACUUCACACAAGCCCAGCGCGACUGGAUCGGCACCCAAAUCAUGCGUCUCUGUCUCCGCGAAAUCACCGAAUUCCACUACAUGCAAACCGACCCCAACUGGACAAACUUCCUCUACAAUGCCUCAACCAACAAACUCGAACUCCUCGACUUCGGCGCCUCCCGCGCCUACCCAGAACAGUUCAUAACAACCUACGUCCGCACCCUCGUCGCUGCAUCCCGUAACGACCGCCAAGCCUGCCAGUCCCUCUCCGUCGAGCUGGGAUACCUGACUGGCAUGGAGAGCUCGGCGAUGGUCGAGGCGCAUGUCAACUCGGUUAUUACCCUCGCUGAACCGUUCAUGCAGUCGUCGCCUGAUCUGUAUGAUUUCAAGAAUCAGACUAUUACGGACCGUGUAAGGGCGUUGAUUCCGAUUAUGAUAAGAGAGAGACUUUCGCCGCCGCCGGAGGAGACGUAUUCUUUGCAUCGGAAGUUGAGUGGGGCUUUCUUGCUUUGUGCUAGGCUUGGGAGUGCGGUUCCUUGUAAGGCUUUGUUUGCUGAGGCUAUUGAGAAGGCUAGGGGGAAGGGGUUGAGUGUUGAGUAG